AUGAAACUGAGCGACUACCAACGGGUGAAAUCUGUGUUCACCCAAUUACCGAUGAACUGCCCGCCACCGAUGCACGCGCUCUGCGAACAGUUCCCUCAACUCUCUUUGGACGCGUUGUUUUCAAUCUACGGACAAGAGUUUUCCCGAAAGGUACGACUGACGCACGGAAAAUUCGUUCGCUCGAUCGAAUCCAUCGAAAAGAGAUACUUAAACGGCGAGGACGUGUUCGAUAUCGCGCAAAACGUGGAUUUUCCAGCCUGUCAACUCUUGCGGCUAAUCGUCGAGAGCGUUUUGAAAGUGAACCAUAAAUCGGUCGGGAAGAUGUUGAAACGUCCGUACGAUGCGAACGGUCUGUUUCCGAGCGAAGUGCCGGAAGAUUCGAGAGCGAUGACGUCGGGGUUAAACAGCAACAAAGGGAAGAAAUUGAUAGAACGAAUGAAAGUAGACUGCGAACGCGUGGUGGCGUGGGAUUGCGGAGCGUCUCCGGCGACGGAACGGUCGCGAAGAGAAGCCGGAUUGGAGUACGAGAGGAUAUUGGAAGAGGCGCUGCGAGAUAUCGGCGCCGAGUUUGAGACGGAGACGGAUUUGCGAGCGGAAGGGGCGAGUCGGACGCCCGAUGUGAGAUUAAAAGUACCAAUCAGCGUUUGCGGGAGAACCAUUCACUGGAUCGACAGUAAGGCUUCGUUUUGUGAUCCGCAAGUGCACGAAGAGAGCGGGUCGAAGCAGUUUCGAGCAUACGUGAAUCGAUUCGGGAGCGGGAUGGUCAUUUAUUGGCACGGCGUCGUCGAGGAGUUAAGAGAAGUCGAUCCGAACGUCUUGUUGGUGGAUGCGUUUCCAGAGAGGAAAGAUAUCGUCAUGCUCGCACGUUUCGAGGAGGACGGCGAAAAUGAAGACUUUUAA